AUGGCCGACUACGAACGCACCAUCCUCGACUUCUACCAGAUCCCCACAGCCUUCCCCUCAGAAUGGCCCGCCGAGAAGGACGUUGAAGGCUCCGACGAAGAAGGCGAAAAAGGAGCGAAGCUCAAGCGGAGAAAGUCCCGGUACCAGGCCUUGGAGAGAGCUGUUAGCGACCGACGGAGCAUUCUGCCAGGAUCAGAACCCGGCGCUGGAGGCGUUGGGAGCCUGGUGCAGAAAGAUGAACCCGACCCUUUGGGAACCGCCAACAGUGUUGUGAGGACGCUGAAGCAGCUUGGUCUGCCCCUCCAAGAUGAUUUGCGACUACGCAACCGAUUCCUUCUCUCCUCGACGACAUUCUCGCCCGCCCUUUUCCUGUCGCAGAUGCAUUCGGGGGCCGAUACACGUGGCCUGGUCACCGGCCUGGACGUCCUUUCACAGUCUAUCGACCAAAAGUCCGCCUCCCUCAAGGUCCUAGUCGAGACCAACUUUGAACGAUUCGUCAAGGCCAAGGCCACAAUCGAUAACGUCUACAAGGAAAUGAAAUAUCGCGGAGUCGAACCCCCCAGCCAAGGCCGUCCGCAUUCUCGUCACGCUAGUCGCGGCAGUUUUCGGAGCAGCAUCGCUGGGACAACGGCCAUCAAUAACCCCUUAACCUCGCCUAUGCCCGACACUCGUAAGAAGAAUGCGCUUACCAAGGAGAGUGAGUAUGGUGUGUUGGGAAUCAAGGGACCUCUGUUGGAUGUCUCGGCAAAGGCGGAGGAUGUCUGGGGCCCUGCUCUUGGAGGACGAGAGAAGGAGGAGCAUCUCAAAACCGUCUCCAACCACUUGACAAGAUUCAAGGACUAUUUCGAGCUAAGCACAGCAAUAUCCGACAGCAUCAAGCGCAAAGAUUACGAGUCGCUGAUUGAAGAGUUUGGUCGUGCCAGGAAGAUUACCGACGAGGCUCGCAAACUAUCGGAGGAAUUGGAAGGCCGCACCCCGACUGAACCACAGCUUUAUCAGCUAGUAAUCGCAGGGCGCAUGUGGCACGACGUUGACCAUCAGAUUCGGAAUUUCAAGAGGGAUGUCUGGAAACGGCUGGUCAAUCUCCAUACCAUAUCCAAGUCGGAGACUAUGAAUGGGCGUGUGCAGGACCAGCACACAGAGCUUAUUAGCCUGCUCCUAGAGCUUGGUUCCGAUGACAAUCCCAUUUGGGUGUGGCUCUUGAGCCGGUAUGAUCACCUCAAGGGCAAGAUUCAAGCUACGUCGGACCGUUCGAAGAUUGAAAUCGAGGUCCUCCGCCGGAGAUUGGCGAGCCUGGAGAAGCCCAGUCCUCACACGAUAGCGAACCAUCUCCGUUCUCUGGGUCGACCAGUAAUCGAAGGUAAACCAUUGUCGACUGACUCUCCCGAGGUCAUUGAGCUGUGGGAGAAGAUGCUCUCUUUCCUGAAUAACCUCCUGUCACCCCAAGGCAUCCUUGGGGAGGUGGUAGAGUUCUGGCAGAUGGUGCAGGGCUUCAUCGAUGGAAAGGCACAAGCAAGUCUGCCAACGGGCUAUCGAGAUGAAUCGCGACACCAUCACCAGCUUUCGCCCCAGAACGUUAACGAGCUACGGAAGGGAGCGGUGGAGCUGGUAGAUAUGACACGCGAGCACGUUUUUGCCUUCUUCGCAGAUCUGCCGCCAGAGGAUAUCUCAUUGCUUUUCUCACCCAUGCCAAUGUCAUCACCCAACACGCCAGUGGCAUCGACGCCUAUGUCUGGCACGUUGACACCAUCGACACGAGACCCUCGCUUCAACUUUGAUCCCAACAACUUGCCUCCACCAUCACCUAAGAGGGGUGAGGCAUGGGAAAAGUUGGCUUUCUGGCCUCCAUGGUCAAACUCGAUGAGCGGUGUUCAUUACCUCUCCAAGAUGCUGGCCCUGAUUGGGUCUGGGGCGUCUGACAUGGCUAGCAUUGGCCCUGUUGCGUCAGGGGACAGCCAGAUCCUGGAGCGCUUGAGGACUCUUGUCGGUGCCUCCCGAGAGCGCUGUGUCACUGCUCUUUGCGCAGCAUGGAACCGCGAUGCCGAGAACAUCAAGUUCGUCGAGGACUGGCAGCGAUCGGUAGAGCUUGGUGAUGUGACACGGAUGCCAGCCAGCUUUUCGGCCUUUGAGGGCGCUCUACUUUCAGGCAUGCAGAAGAUCCUUUACAUAUCUGACGCCAUGUCGAAGCCGGGUGCAGGCGACAUUGUUCUGCCACCGCCGACCAAGCUGCUCCAGAUGGUGCGAAGCCAAUACGUCACAACAUUGUAUAAAGCUUUGAGCGGCAUGGUGGAGAACGCCGAGCGGUCUCUAAAGAAGUCUGAUGACGACUGGUCGAUUGAGAGCGACAUUACGCUGGUUAUGGCUGCAACACCUGUGGUAUCGGGCAAGGGAACGUUGGAUGCCGGUGAUCGAAACAUUCGGAUGCUCAUGACCCUCAGCAACCUGCAAUCUUUGCGCUCUCAAGUUGUACCCAGCCUCAACUCUCAGUUUGAGAAUGCCUUUUCCGUCAAGUUGACGGAUGAGUCCAAGACCAUUCGAGACGUCCUCGGCCAGAUCGACGCCCGUCUCUUCCAGUCAUACACCAAGCAGUCGAUCGAGAAGCUCCACGAUAUCAUCCAAACUGGCUUGGCAUCUAACGACUGGGCUCCGAGCCAGGGCCAGCGCGCCCAAACCGCAAGGCCUUACGUCUACGAGGCCCUCCUCUCCCUCGUCCUGGUCCACUCCCAGGUCUCCACGACGGCACCGUCUCUCACUCCCCAGGUCCUCUCCUUUCUCCUGGAGCAGACAUCCAUGCAACUCCUAGAAGCCUUCCGCCGCCGGCCCCGCUACACACUCGAGGCCCUCAUGCAGGCCACCCUCGACGUUGAGUUCGUCGCCCAGACUCUCAGCCACUACACUACCGACCGCGCCUCGGAGCUCCAAGGCCAGAUCUACCAAGAGCUCGACGGUCGCACCGACAACGAAGCCCGCGCCCGCCUACAAAGCGAGCUGCCCGAGAUGCGCAACGUCCUCAAGCGCCUCCGCGACGCGAGCAAGAACGAGUUUGCCUGCUUCAAGAAGCCCAAGCGACCUGGCCAUGGACCGAGCCGGAACAACAGCGGGAUUUCAGUUCCCUAG